GCACAAAAGAAGUUAAACAACAGUGACAUACAUAAUACUGUAGAGAAGUGUUUAAAUAACUUGGAUGGUCUUUGUGUGGUUGAACUCUGUCGUCCCCACCUGUUCGAUAUAAUUACUCAGUGGGAAUUCACCGACAAAAACAGGGCAUCCCAAUAAUCUUUAAUGGCUGCCGCUUCAUUAACAAAAGUACCUUUUUACAUUCCCACCCACACCACUCCCAACAAAAUCCUCUCAAAACACCCAAAACAAAUCCUAUUGCUCUAGGAAUUUGAGCUCCCAAUGAACAAUUUCAUCUGCCAGCUACAGCUCAAGCUCAAAAACAUUGGAUCUCUACAUGGAAAUCAGCAAGCCUCUGCACCAGAAGAAAUGGCUGCUGCCGCUCGCCUUCUCUCUCCUAACCUCCUCUCUCCUCAUCAUCUUGACCCUCUUCACCGCAGUCCCAUUUCGCCAAACUCCCCCAAUCAAGCCACAAGUCCCCGUCUUUGUGGAAUCGAAGCUGCGCGCGGAGCCUGUGAAUCCCAUCUCAAGAAUCCCGAGAUUGGCGUAUUUGAUAUCGGGGUCGCGUGGAGAUUGUGGGAGUUUGAAGAGGACCUUGAAAGCCCUGUAUCAUCCACUGAACCAGUAUGUGGUGCACUUGGACCUUGAAGCGAAGGCGGAUGAGAGAAUGGAGCUGGUGGAAUUCGUGAAGAAUGAAGCUGUGUUUGAGCAAUUUGGGAACGUGAGGGUUGUGCUCAAGUCUAAUUUGGUCACCUAUAGAGGUCCUACCAUGGUUAGUAAUACCCUUCACGCUGCAGCCAUUUUGCUCAAGGAAGGUGGAGAUUGGGACUGGUUCAUCAAUUUGAGUGCCUCUGAUUACCCAUUGGUCACACAAGAUGACAUGCUCCAUACUUUGUCAACCGUUCCGAGAGACCUAAACUUCAUUGAGCAUACUAGUGACAUUGGUUGGAAGGAAUACCAGAGAGCUAAGCCUGUUAUAAUUGAUCCUGGCCUUUAUAGCGUGCACAAAUCUGACCUUUAUUGGAUCACUGAGAAGCGCAAAGUUCCUACUGCAUUCAAGCUUUUCACAGGUUCAGCUUGGAUGAUGCUCUCUCGUUCCUUCAUGGAGUUCUGUUUAUGGGGUUGGGACAACCUGCCCAGAGUCGUACUUAUGUAUUACGCAAACUUUCUUUCAUCACCGGAAGGGUACUUUCACACAGUCAUUUGCAAUGCUGAAGAGUUCCGUAACACUACUGUGAACCAUGACCUCCAUUUCAUAUCAUGGGACAACCCUCCCAAGCAGCACCCGCAUUUCUUGACAGUUGAUGAUUAUCAGAGAAUGGCCGGCAGUAAUGCUCCUUUUGCCAGGAAAUUCCAAAGGGAUGAAGCUAUUUUGGAUAAGAUUGAUUCUGACCUCUUAGGCCGUAAAACUAAUGGCUUUGUACCUGGCAGUUGGUACAAAGGAGAGGAGACAAAUGGAAGUAUUGGAAUUCAUGUUCUUGCAAAUGUAACCGAGCUUAGACCCGGUCCUGGUGCUGAAAAACUCAAAACUCUGAUCGAUGGAUUGAUAUUGGAUAAGGAUUUCCAUGCGAAACAUUGCAUUUAGCUUUUGGUAAUGGAUUCUACCCUAAUGAAGUAGUAUUACGGCGACUUUAUUGCUGAUGAAGCUGCAGAAGGUCACACGGAAGGGAAGGGAGUCUUACACGGUAUUACAAGAAAAAUCUAAUAGGAUGCCGGCUCGUUCUCACCUAUGAAUAGCAUGAUUUUUCUGAUAGACUCAGUACUAUCAACAACUUAAGUACCACGUACAUUUCAAAACUUGUAGCUCAAAAUUAUAGUUACGUAAAAGGCAGUGUAAAGCUGGAUUUUGAAAUAUAUGCAUACAUAUCUGAGAUCAACCAUGAAUUUUGAUUCAAGAAA